UGUGUUUGCUGCAUGACGCGUGAUUGCUGUUUGUGUUGUAACCAAUAUCUUGUAAUAUUAUCUACCAUGGUUACAGAUAUCUAGUUCUUUUUAUAUUUACAGUUAAUUUUAAACAAACGACUUGUUCCAAAACCGUGAAAGUAACUAUUUGUUACAAAAAAAAUUGUGUAAAAAUGAGCAAUGAACCGAUGGAUCACGAUGAUUCAGAAGAAUGGGAGGAGCAAGAACUGCUUGUCUACUUGGAUUUCAAUUCAAAGAUUGACGAUGACAUAAUAGACAUGGAGAAGGAAUUUAAAAUCAUAGGGCUCGACUCUGACAAUCCAAUUUUGCAGGUUUCUAACCAGGUCUAUUCUGGGGAAUGGAAAGACAGUCUGGGAACGCAGGUGAUAUUGGAGGAGGACAAGAAUCCUCCUAGAUCGGAUCCUUUGUUCAGCGAGGUUCCACAGACUUAUCUGAAGUACAUGUGCAAGACCGAUAAAGUUUUGAGCAUGUCGAGGAUAUUUGUAAGUUCUAAAACUGAGGCAGGGAACAAAAACGAACAGAGUCCAUCUGAACCAGCAUCCAGUGUUUAACAUAAUCUUUUAUUGCAUAUGUAUUUGUAAAUAAAUCCUUUUUAUAUUGUA